AUGUAUCGUUUAGUUUCAAAGUGUAGCCUCAAUUUCAAACCAACGGCUCAAAAGCCAGUUGAAUAUAAGUAUGGUCCACGAUCUGUCGUCAUUGGUGAUUUCGACAAUGACACGGUUUUGGAUAUGGUUACUGCUGAUCAUAUAGUGAACAAAAUAGCUGUCUAUUUGGGACAUGGUGAUGGCACUUUUAGAGAUCCAAUCAUGUAUUCAAUAGAUUCCUACUCUAGUCCUUACAUGAUCACAGUUGGUGAUUUCAACAAUGACUAUCGAUUGGAUAUUGCAAUAGCAAGUUUUGGCACUAACAAUAUCGACAUCUUUUCUGGAUUUGGGAAUGGGUCUUUCUCAAGUCAAAUAGAGUUUUCAACAGGCUCAUCUCGUCCAAUAGCAAUUAUUGCCUUUGAUUUCAACAAUGACUCACUGCGUGACAUUGUCACCGCCAAUUACGGAACUCACAGUAUUAGUAUAUUCUAUGCCUAUGGCCACGGAGACUUUUCGCUUCCGAUUACGUAUUCAACAGGUUAUGAUUCUCAGCCAUCUUCAUUAGCUGCUGGGGAUUUUAAUAAUGACAAUAAUGUAGAUCUCGCCAUCGCUAAUUUUGGCACGAACAAUGUUGGCCUACUUUUUGGAAAUAGCAACAGAACUUUUGAAAAACAAAUCACGUUUUCAACUGGACUUGGUUCUCAUCCAUAUUCCAUCGCUGUUGGCCAUUUUAAUGCUGACAACUUUCUCGAUAUAGCUAUCGCAAACUCUGGAACUCGCCAAAUAGGUGUGCUUAUAAACAAUGGCAAUGGAAGUUUCGUUAAUCAAACCAACUAUUCCAUUAGUUCUGCUUCUCCAUAUGCGAUUAGUGUUGGAGAUUUCAACCAAGAUAAUCGAUUGGACAUCGUCAUCACUAACAACGGCAUUGAAAAUAUAGGUGUACUUCUUGGAGAUGGAAAUGGCAACUUUGAAAAUCCAAUCAUGUACUCAACUGGAUCUUAUUCUUCGAUUUCGGUCGCAAUAGGUGAUCUCAACAAGGACCACCGAUUAGAUGUCGUCGUCGUAAACAAUGACACUGGUAGCAUAGAUAUUCUCCUUGGUCGUUAUGAAGGAUUUUUAAACCAAACAAACUAUUUAAGUGGCGCUUCUCCAUCUUCUUUAGUUGUUGGUGAUUUCAACAAUGACACUCGACUCGAUAUCGUUGUCGCAAAUUCGCGUAACAGUUGUGUAAGUGUCUUUCUUGGAUCUGGGAAUGGUUCUUUUGCAAUUGCUACAAACUAUUCAACUGGUUCUUCUCCGCUAGCUGUAGCUCUUGGUGAUUUUAAUAACGACACUCGAUUAGAUAUCGUUGUCGCCAAUGAGAUUAGUCAUGAUAUCAGUGUUCUUCUUGGAUAUGGGAAUGGCUCUUUUGCAACGGCAACAAACUAUCUAGCUGGUUCUGCUCCACAAGCUGUAGCUAUUGGUGAUUUUAAUAAUGACACUCGACUAGAUAUCGUUAUCGCCAAUUCGGAUAGUCAUGAUGUGAGUGUCUUUCUUGGAUAUGGGAAUGGAUCUUUUGCAAAUGCAAAGAACUAUGCAGCUGGCUCUUAUCCGUCUUCUGUAACUGUUGGUGACUUCAACGACGACACUCGAUUAGAUAUCGUUGUUGCCAAUGAGGUUAGCCAUGAUGUGAGUGUUCUUCUUGGAUAUGGGAAUGGCUCUUUUGCAACUGCAAAGAACUAUGCAGCUGCUUCUUUUCCACGAUCUGUAGCUGUUGGUGAUUUCAACAACGACACUCGACUAGAUAUUGUUGUCACCGAUUCUGAUAACAAUGAUGUGAGUGUUCUUCUUGGAUAUGGGAAUGGCUCUUUUGCAACUGCAAUAAAGUAUGCAACUGGCUCUUUUCCAGAAUCUGUAGUUGUUGGUGAUUUCAACAACGACACUCGAUUAGAUAUCGUUGUCACCAAUUUUGUUAGCAAUGAUGUGAGUAUCCUUCUUGGGUAUGGGAAUGGCUCUUUUUCAACUGCAACAAACUAUGCAACUGGUUCUUCUCCACGAUCUGUAGCUCUUGGUGAUUUCAACAACGAUACACGGCUCGAUAUCGUUGUUGCCAAUUUUGGUAGCAAUUUUGUAAGUGUCCUGCUGCAAUAUAACAGAGGAGCGAUAAAAUACAAGAUGUCCUACGCAUCGGCAAAUGGGUCUAGCCUACGAUCCGUAGUCAUUGGUGAUUUCAAUGACGAUACUGAUCUAGAUCUCGUCUUGGCUAAUUACGGUACUAAUAAUAUUGGUGUCCUUUUUGGACAUGGAAAUGGCAGUUUCGAAAAUCAAAUGCUGCUUAGCACUGGCUCAGGUUCUCAUCCAACAUCGAUUGCUAUUGGCGACUUCAAUGGCGACAGUGUAGUAGAUAUCGCUGUGGCCAAUUAUGGUACAAAAAAGGUAGUUAUCAUGCUGGGAAAUAGAAACGGAACAUUCGCAAGCCAAACAAGUAGUGGAAUUGAUUUUGAUUCGCCUUCGGCAAUAUUGGCGUCUGGUGAUUUUAAUAAUGACAAACGAUCAGAAAUUGCUGUUGUUUCCGAUGGCAGCGAUAACGUAGACAUCUUUGUUGCAUAUAAUCGUGAUUCUUUUGCAAAAGAAACAAGGUAUUCUGCUGGCUAUAAUCCAGAACAUGUAGCCGUUGCUGAUCUCAAUGAUGACAACCGACUAGAUAUCGUUGUCGCCAAUUGGUUGAGCAAUGAUGUGAGUGUCCUUUUUGGAUAUGGAAAUGGUUCUUUUACAAAAGAAGCAAGAUAUUCAGUUGGCUCUCGUCCACAAUCUGUAGCUGUUGGUGAUUUCAACAACGACAGUCGGCUAGAUAUUGUUGUCGCCAAUUCUGAUAGCAAUGAUGUGAGUGUCCUACUUGGAUAUGGGAACGGGUCUUUUGCAACUGCAACAACUUAUUUAACUGGUUCUUCUCCACGAUCUGUAGCUGUUGGCGAUUUCAACAACGACACUAGGUUAGAUAUCGUUGUCACCAAUUUUCUUAGCAAUGCUGUGAGUAUCCUUCUUGGAUUUGGGAAUGGCUCUUUUGCAAGUGCACGAAACUAUUCAACUGGUUCUUCUCCACGAUAUGUAGCCGUUGGUGAUUUCAACAACGAUACUCGAUUAGAUAUCGUUGUCACCAACUCUGACAGCAAGGAUUUGAGUGUCUUUCUUGGAUACGGAAAUGGCUCUUUUGCAAUUGCAAUAAACUAUUCAACUGGUUCUUCUCCGCGAUCUGUAGCUGUUGGUGAUUUCAACAGGGACACUCGAUUAGAUAUUGUUGUUGCUAAGUGGGGUAGCGAUGAUGUAAGUGUCCUUCUUGGAUAUGGGAAUGGCUCUUUUGCAAUUGCAACAAACUAUACAGCUGGCUCUUUUCCAGAGUCUGUAGCUGUUGGUGAUUUUAACAACGAUGCAUGGCUAGAUAUUGCUGUCGCCAAUUUCAAUAGUCGUGAUGUAAGUGUCCUUCUUGGAUGUGGAAAUGGCUCGUUUGCAGCAGCAAUAAACUAUACAGCUGGCUCUUAUCCAUUUGCUAUAGCUGUUGGUGAUUUCAACAACGACAGUCGGCUAGAUAUCGUUGUCACCAAUCAGGGUAGCCAGGAUGUGAGUGUCCUUCUUGGGUAUGCAUAUAUAGCUUUUGUAAAAAAAAUGACGGUCAUAACUGAAAAUGGUUCCCAACCAGAUUCGUUAGUGAUUAGUGAUUUUAACAAUGACGAUCUAAUGGAUAUCGGCGUUGCCAGUUCAAGCAGGCAUAGUAUUGGUAUUUUUCUUGCAUAUGGCAAUAUCUCAUUUACAAGUCAAGUGUCAUAUUCAACUCGUCCGUAUAUGUCUCCAUGCUCUAUGGUUGUCGGUGAUUUCAACAAUGAUACUCAAGUGGAUAUCGUUUUUGGUAGUUGUGACUCAGAUAAUAUUGGUGUUUUUCUUGGAUAUGGCAAUGGCUCUUUUGGAAAUCUGAUGGUGUAUUCAACAGGUUCAAAUUCAUCUCAAUACUCUCUAGCUGUUGGUGACAUUAACAACGAUACUAUACAAGACAUUGUCGUCGCGAAUCAUGACAACGACAAUCUAGGUGUAUUUAUUGGAUAUGGUAACGGCACAUUUGCAAGUAUCAUCCUAUUUGCGUUGGAUUAUGGAUCCAAUCCGUUCUCCAUUGUCAUUGGCGACUUCAACAAUGACAGAAAACUAGAUUUUGUCGUCGCUAAUAAUGGCACUGACAGUUUAAAUAUUCUCUUACAAACUUGUUAG